GCUGGAAGCAAAGGCCUGGAGAAGAAAAGAAGUGGGGUGAGGAGUAAACGCAGCUUGGCACAGAGGGACAGCCAGAGACUGAAAAGUGUGGCUGAGACCUACACAGCACCGCUGGACCUGAAGAUGGCCCUUAUUCAGACCAAUAAGGAUCUCAUUUCUAAAGGAAUAAAGGAAUUCAACGGCCUGCUGAAUCAGCAGGUCUUCAGUGAUCCUGCCGUCUCUGAAGAAGCCAUGGUGACUGUGGUGAAUGACUGGGUGAACUUCUACAUCAACUAUUACAAGAAGCAGAUGUCGGGGGAGCAAGAGGAGCAGGACAAGGCUCUGCAGGAGUUUCGGCAAGAGCUGGAUACCCUGUCUGCCUCUUUCCUGGACAAAUAUAGGAACUUCCUGAAGUCCUCAUGAGCGCCCCCUCACACGCUGCCUUUCUCCUAGCCCAGAGACGCAGGCUGCAAGUCUAAGAAACACUUAAAUGCUGCCUCUGUGCUCUAGUCCUUGGGCUCUGCUCCUUCAUGGAGUUGCUGCACCCUGACACCUCAAUAAAGACCAGUUCUGGUUGUGAUGGUC